CCAUUGUCGUGUCCCAAUCCAUUUGUUUAUUUUUAAGCUUUCUCUCUCUAGAAUUCCUAUUUAUUACCCUUCAUUUAACUAACAAACCCUUUUCAAUUCUAUCACAAAUUUGCCUCUCUCUCUAGCUGUCUUCUUCUCUCUUCCAUUUUGUUGCCGAGUCGCCUCGUAUUUCUCUCGAGUUGACUCGGUUUUUUGUUCUUCUUCUGUCUACAAACUCAGUCUUCAACCAUGAAUGGUGGGGUGGAUAGGUCUCGGGCCUUUGUUAAAGAUGUUAAGCGUAUUGUCAUCAAGGUUGGGACUGCUGUUGUGACUAGAGGUGAUGGGAGAUUGGCACUAGGGAGAUUGGGAGCUUUUUGUGAGCAGGUUAAAGAGUUGAAUUCUCAAGGGUAUGAAGUUAUUGUGGUUUCAUCAGGAGCUGUUGGCCUCGGUCGUCAACGGCUUAGAUACCGCAAAUUGGUUAAUAGCAGCUUUGCUGAUCUCCAGAAGCCACAGGUUGAAAUUGAUGGAAAGGCUUGUGCAGCUGUUGGACAGAACAGCAUCAUGGCUCUUUAUGAUACAAUGUUUAGUCAGCUGGAUGUGACGUCGGCUCAGCUUCUUGUGACGGAUAAUGAUUUUAGGGAUAAAGGUUUCAGGAAGCAACUUAACGAGACUGUCCAGUCACUGUUAUCUAUGAGGGUUGUUCCCAUAUUUAAUGAAAAUGAUGCGAUCAGUACCAGGAAAGCUCCAUAUGAGGAUGCUUUUGGUAUUUUUUGGGAUAAUGACAGCUUAUCAGCUUUGCUGGCUUUGGAGCUACAAGCCGAUCUUCUCAUUUUGUUGAGCGACGUGGACGGUCUUUAUAGCGGCCCUCCAAGCGACCCACGCUCAAAGCUGAUUCAUACAUACAUUAAAGAAAUACAUCAAAGUGAAAUCACUUUCGGCGACAAGUCUAGAGUGGGAAGAGGAGGCAUGACAGCCAAAGUAAAAGCUGCUGUAAAUGCAGCUUAUGCUGGUAUCCCUGUUAUUAUAACAAGUGGGUUUGCUCCAGAGAACAUACUUAGAGUCCUUGAAGGAGAGCGUGAUGGCACCCUCUUUCAUCAAGAUGCACAUUUAUGGAUACCAACUAAAGAAGUUGGUGGGCGUGAAAUGGCAGUUGCAGCAAGAGAGAGUUCCAGAAGGCUUCAGGCAUUGUCUUCAGAGGAGAGGAAAAAUAUUCUGCUGGACAUAGCUAACGCCUUGGAAGCUAAUGAAAAGAAAAUCCUAUUGGAAAAUGACGCUGAUGUUGCUGCUGCAGAAUUAGCUGGACUGGAGAAGUCCUUGAUAUCCCGGCUGGCUCUAAAAUCUGGAAAGAUCAAAAGUCUCGCAAACUCAAUUCGUGUGCUUGCAAACAUGGAGGAUCCAAUUGGUCAUGUUUUGAAAAGAACUGAGCUUGCUGAUGGACUCCUGCUAGAGAAGACAUCAUCUCCUUUAGGUGUUCUUCUGAUUAUUUUUGAGUCUCGACCAGAUGCUCUAGUGCAGAUCGCUUCAUUGGCAAUUCGAAGUGGGAAUGGGCUCCUCUUAAAAGGAGGGAAGGAAGCCAAGCGUUCAAAUGAAAUUUUGCACAAGGUUAUAACCGGAGCCAUUCCAGAAAAAAUUGGUGGGAGACUUAUUGGACUGGUUACGUCAAGGGACGAAAUUCCUGAUCUUCUCAAGCUUGAUGAUGUGAUUGACCUUGUGAUCCCAAGAGGCAGCAAUAAGCUUGUUUCUCAGAUAAAGGCAUCAACUAAGAUUCCUGUUCUGGGUCAUUCUGAUGGAAUUUGUCACGUAUAUGUUGAUAAAUCUGCUAAGAUGGAAAUGGCGAAACGCAUUGUUUUGGAUGCGAAAACAGAUUAUCCAGCAGCAUGCAAUGCUAUGGAAACACUCCUUGUCCACAAGGAUUUGGUGCAGACUGGUGGGCUUAAUGACCUGGCUGUUGAUCUUCGCACUGAAGGUGUUAAUUUAUAUGGUGGACCAAGGGCUAGCAAAGAGCUAAAGCUUCCAAACGUACAUUCAUUUCACCAUGAGUACAAUUCUAUGGAUUGCACUAUUGAAAUUGUCGAUGACGUGUAUGCUGCCAUUGACCAUAUACACGAACAUGGAAGUGCACAUACUGAUUGUAUCGUAACGGAAGAUCAUGAAGUUGCAGAAGUUUUUUUACAUCAAGUGGACAGUGCUGCAGUUUUUCAUAAUGCAAGCACGAGAUUUUCCGAUGGAGCUCGGUUUGGCUUAGGUGCAGAGGUCGGAAUAAGUACAAGUAGGAUUCAUGCUCGUGGUCCUGUUGGAGUUGAAGGAUUGCUAACAACAAGAUGGAUUUUAAGAGGUCAUGGACAGGUAGUAGAUGGUGAUAAAGGGGUGGUUUACACCCACAAGGAUGUUACUCACGGUCUAUCGAACGGGUUCGCACCAUCUUCCGUCAAAAGAAAAGAUUAACAAGUGUAAGCUGUAGUAGUCAUGUGAAUGAGUUUGUUUGUACUUCCCUAUCUCUGAACAGAAGAAAAUGGUGGUGGUGGCAUUGGCAUUGGCACUCAGAUGCAAUGGUGACGGUGCCUUUUUAUUGGCUGUUGCCUUUAGUUUUGAGAGUAUGCAUUUUUUUUUUCAGUCGAUCUCCCACUAUUGCUUCUUCAUACCUUAUGGUAUUCUGUGUACUCCUUCGCUUUAGCUAGUUUAUAAUUCUGUCCCUUAUUUCUUUCAUGAUGACCUGAUUUUAUAAUAAUGAGCAGUUUCCGUUUUA